UGGCCGGAGGUGGAGGGGGAUUCGGCCACAGCCAGGGUCCACUGGUGGGGUGGGGGUUACAGCCCUGAGACUGAUGGGCUAGGUCCGAGUCGGGUUCCCUCCGACUUGAUACUCCAGACUUUGUUGUGGGAGGCGGGACAGGGGAGGACUUUGCCCGCGUGUUUUGGGGAAGGGCCUCUGCUUUGGGUUGGGGACACCCCGCCUUGGGACGAUCUUCCGCGGAUAGGAGUGUAGGCCGGGACCAAAUGUCCUCGCACGGGCACGUCUAGACGUGUGGGGAAGGGGGGGGCUCUGCGUGGGGCAGCGUCCGCGGGAGGUGAGGUGGCUGUGGGGACCCAGUUGGCCUCUUCCCUGAGGCCUUGCUAAUGACGGCAAAAUCCGAGUUCUGCCGAAAUAUAUUUAAAAAGGUUUAUUCGUAGUCAGUGUGGGUGACUGUGGCCCAGGUUAUUCAGUCUCAAGAGGUCCUGAGAAAGUGCCCGAGGCGGUCGGGCUUGCAGGUUAAUUUUAUACAAUUCAGGGAGACAGGAAUUUCAGGUAAAAUCAUAAAUCAGGCUGAGCACUGUGGCUCAUGCCUGUAAUCCCAGCACUUUGGGAGGCCAGGAGUUCCAGAGCAGCCUGGGCAGCACAGCAAGAUCCUGUCUCUACAUGAAAUUAGAAAAAUAAAAAAUUAGCAGGGCGUGGUGUCCCGUGCCUGUAGUCUCAGUUACUUGGGAGGCCCAGUCAGUUGAGUCCGGGAGGUGGAGGCUGUAAUGAGUUAUGUUGGCUGCACUGCACGCUAGCCUGGGCAACACAGUGAGAUCCUGCCUGCAAAAAGAAAAUCAAAAAACAACAAGAGAAAGAUAUACAUGGGUUCCUCCCAAAAAGCCGGUAUAUCUCCAAACAGGUUUACACCUCAUGGGGGCACUUAGGGAUUCUUUAAUGGACAGUUGGUUGAGAGACUUAAGCUAUUGCCUAAAGACUGGAAUCAGAAGCAUGCCAGAGUUAAGGGGAUUGCGUAGAUCAAAGUUCUCAUUAUGUAGAUGAAGGCUCUUAGUUGGCAGCUCUCAGAAUAGAUGGUAAAUGUCUAUUUUCAGUUUUUUGGGUUUUUGUUUGUUUUUAGAGAGAGUCUUGCUCUGUCCCCAGGCUGGAGUGCAGUGGCGUGAUCUCAGCUCACUGCAACCUCCACCUCCCAGGUUUGAGCAAUUCUCCUGCCUCAGCCUCCUGAGUAGCUGGGACUACAGGCGCCCGCCACAACGCCUGGCUAAUUUUUGUAUUUUUAGUAGAGAUGGGGUUUCACCAUGUUGCUCAGGCUGGUCUUGACCUCCUGACCUCAGGUGAUCCACCUUGUCUUGGCCUCCCAAAGUGCUGAGAUUACAGGCUUGAGCCACCAUGCGUCAGGCUGGCUGUCUCUUCCAGACCUAGGAAAGGCUUAGAACGAAGGAGGUCUGGCUACAUUGAUAGAGAUUCGCUGCAGAUGCAAAUUUUCCCACUAAAGACAGCUUUGCGGGGCUAUCCAUUUCAAUCUGUUGCCCCUGUGGCAGCCACUUCAAAACAUGUCAAAGAAGUAUAUUUUGGGGUAAAAUAAUUUCCUUCAGCAUCUGCUGUCAUGUGAUGCUGUACCAGAGUCAGGUUGGAAAGUGAGCCUCAUUAUAUGAGUAAUAAAACUCAUCUGAUGAGAUUUUAUGGUUUCUCGGGCAGGAUUCCCCAAGCUUCAUAGAUAGGCAUUUGGGCAAGGGAAAAAAGGUGAAUUUAGUCCUCACCAGGUUGGUAGGGCUUCCUCGGUUAUUGGAGUGGGAGUAACAGCAACCACUGGGCCCAAUGCCUCUGGGGCUGUGGACUGACCAUCCAAAUAACUGAUUUUAAUCAUUUCAUUAUGGAAAAAUUGUCAGCAGAACCCCAAAGUAGAGAGACCCAUCAGUCAAGAUAUACCUCAUGACCUUGCAAGCUAAUCUAGCUUGACCCAGAUCCCCUCCUAACCUGUGCAGAUUCAUUGAGAAAUGUCAUAGCCAUGCCUACUGGUUAAGACAUAGCCCUUUAUAGUGAGAGUUGAAACCCAAGCUCUAUCACUUUCUUGGCUGUGUUGCUUUGAGAAAGGUAUUUAAAUGUUUUGUGCCUGUUUCCUCAUCUGAAAUUGGUGGGUAAUAGUCACUUCAUAGGACAGUUGUAAGAUUGAAUGCAGAAAAAUUUGUGCCAUGCCUGGAACCGUCCCUGGCAUAUAUUAAAUUCUCAGUAAGUGUUAAAUAUUAUAAUGAAUAUCAACACUUCCUUAUUCUGGAAGCACCGACAGGAUAAGCUGUGUUUAGUGUUAGCAUCAUGUCAGGACAGGCUCUGUUGCGAUGCCCACACUCAGGAUCUGCUCCCAGGAACCUGCGUACAGUUGUUUUCUUCUCUGGAAGACUUUGGGUCCUUUUUUUAACAAGAAGAGCCUCUACCCUGGGACUGGGAAUUUCCAAGGCCACCUUUGAGGAUCACAGAGCUAAUUUUAGAGCUAUUUUAGUCCCCAGCUCCUCUUCCUCCACUCCCACGUUACCCAUGAGAGGACUGUCUGCAGGGUAAGGGAGGACAGCCCAACCCCAGGUGGGGACUUCUUAUGUAUUGCCUUCCUGCAGUGCCUUCUCUGCCCUAAACCAUGGUGGGUUUCCUUUGCUAAUGUCUGACAUCUUGUGCCCUAUACUGUCCCAUCUGAGGCUCAGAACCUCUCAGCUGGUUCUCCGCAAGGGGAGCGUUCCCCAGAUCUGAUGACCUUAUUCAGGACACUUCCAUCAUUGUCCCUACAUUUCUUCUCUCAGUGCUUUAUUCAGGCUGCUGCAUUCGUGGUGCAGACCAGGUCUUGUAAAAAAUUAUUCAGUCAGCAUGUGCUGAGCCAUUGUCCUGUCCCAGGGACAGGGCUUUAUAGUCAUUGCCAUAUUCAUCUCUUCAACCAAUGUGGAAGUUAGGAAUUGGAACCCCCAUUUCACAGACUAAGAAGUGGUGUGUUAAUCAGUUGAAAUAAUUUUUACGGCUGGGCGUGGUGACUCACACCUGUAAUCCUAGCACUUUGGGAGGCCAAGGUGGGCAGAUUACCUGAGGUCAGGAGUUCGAGACCAGCCUGGCCAACAUGGUGAAACCUCAUCUCUACUAAAAAUACAGAAAUUAGCCAGGCAUGGUGGCUCAUGCCUGUAAUCCCAGCUACUCUGGAGCCUGAAGCAAGAGAAUCUCUUGAAUCCAGGAGAUGGAGGUUGCAGUGAGCACAGAACAUGCCACUGCACUACAGCCUGGGGGACAGUGAGACUCUGUCUCAAAAAAUAAUAAUUUUUACUUUAUGUAACAUAUCUGGGAUCAAGUGGACUGAGUUGGGAGCAAGCUGGGAUUUUAGGAGUUUCUGUUAGGAAUUAGCUUCAUUGAGGUAUAAUUGAGACAAUAAAAUUCUCUCCCAUUUUAAGUUCUAGUUGAUGAGUUUUGAGAAAUGUAUAUAGUGAAGUCUUGAUCAUCAAAUCAACAUAUGAACAUUUUUCAUCUCCCAAAAAUGUAGGAGCUGUUUUUUUAUCUUAGGAGAAUUUUAAUGAAAUGUACGUGGAGGAGCUAAAUGUUUCAAGUUUGCCUCAUAUUCAUAUCUAAUUUAUUGGUAACUAAUUUAAACCACUUUCUUAUGGCUCUCAGUUUCUGUUCCUACAGGAUAUUAACUCCCACAGAUGUCAAUAGAUGGCAGGAGUGAGACCAAACAGUUUGCAGUGUUCUCCACUCACACCCUGGAAAUGAAAGUUUUCUCUAUUUUUCCUCUCCAAAUUAUCUUGGAAGGGAUAUUCAAUUUUUUUCAAAUUUACAAUGAAAAAUAUUGAAGUAGGAACUAAACUAGAGAGAAUAUAUAACAGAUCUCUCUGUUCCCUUCUUGCACCUUAACACUUUGCUCUUCUUAUUUCAUCCAACCCCCUCCCCAUCCCAUGCUUUCUGUUUUCAGGCUAGAGCAUCUUGAAGCCAAUCCAAGACACCAUUUUAUCUGUAAAUUUACUGCAGCUACUUCUCUGAGGACUAUUUUUGUUGUUAUUGUCUUGCCUUUUAACAUAACUAGAGUACCAGAAUCAUACUCAACAAAAUUAGCAGUGUAUUAAUUUCACCCAUUACCCAGUUUAUGCAGAAAUUUUCCAGGUCUCAAAAAUUUCUCCUUACAAUUCAGAUUUCACACUCAGGUUCAUUAAGAUGGGAAGCAUGAGAGAAGAAAUAUCUAGAAACCGUCUCAGUAGUGCCCCUUGUCUGUUUUACUUCUCUCUUUGUGAUCUAGGCUCAUCUCCUAAUUCUACUUCUGCCCAUGAGGACAAAUAAUGAUCACACCACUUACCUAAUCGCCUGGCCCUAGUUCUGGUCCCAACUCUAAUCAGAAAUGUGGAUUCUGGAAUGGCAGUGAGGAGCGAUGUGGACUGUAUCUCCAGCAAAACACCAUAACUGAUCGGCCAUCUGCAAGCUUCCCUUCUCCGUGGAGAGCAGGAAGAUGGUCAUGGGACCCCAGGGAGCCAGGAGACAGGCUUUCUUGGCAUUUGGGGAUGUCACUGUGGAUUUCACCCAGAAGGAAUGGAGGCUGCUGAGCCCUACUCAGAGGGCCCUGUACAGGGAGGUGACACUGGAGAACUACAGCCACCUGGUCUCACUAGGAAUUCUCCAUUCUAAACCAGAACUCAUCAGGCGGCUAGAGCAAGGGGAAGCGCCCUGGGGAGAAGAGAGAAGACGCUGGCCGGGCCCCUGUACAGGAAUAUAUGCAGAACAUGUCCUGCGGCCCAAGAAUCUUGGACUUGCACAUCAGAGGCAACAGCAACUACAAUUUUCUGAUCAAAGCUUCCAGAGUGACACAGCUGAAGGUCAAGAGAAAGAAAAAAGCACUAAGCCCAUGGCAUUUUCCAGCCCACCCCUAAGACAUGCAGUAAGCUCAAGGAGGAGGAACAGUGUAGUGGAAAUAGAGUCUAGUCGAGGCCAGAGGGAGAAUCCUACAGAAAUAGACAAAGUAUUGAAAGAAAUAGAAAAUUCAAGAUGGGGAGCAUUCAAGUGUGCAGAGCGUGGGCAAGACUUCAGCCGGAAGACAAUAGUAAUCAUACACAAAAAAGCACAUUCCAGGCAGAAACUUUUUACAUGCAGGGAGUGUCACCAGGGCUUUAGAGAUGAGUCAGCAUUGCUCUUGCACCAGAACACACACACAGCAGAGAAGUCCUAUGUGUGCAGUGAGUGUGGGCGAGGCUUCAGCCUCAAGGCAAAUCUCCUCAGACACCAGAGGACACACUCAGGAGAGAAGCCUUUUCUGUGCAAGGUGUGUGGACGAGGCUAUACCAGUAAGUCAUACCUCACUGUGCAUGAGAGAACACACACAGGAGAGAAGCCUUAUGAAUGCCAGGAGUGUGGGCGAAGGUUUAACGAUAAGUCCUCAUACAACAAGCACUUGAAGGCGCAUUCAGGGGAGAAGCCUUUUGUGUGCAAGGAGUGUGGGCGAGGCUAUACUAAUAAGUCAUACUUCGUUGUGCACAAGAGAAUACACUCAGGAGAGAAGCCUUACAGAUGCCAGGAGUGUGGCCGAGGCUUUAGCAAUAAGUCACACCUUAUCACACACCAGAGGACACACUCAGGGGAGAAGCCCUUCGCGUGCAGGCAGUGUGAGCAAAGUUUUAGCGUGAAAGGAAGUCUCCUCAGACACCAGAGAACACACUCAGGGGAGAAGCCUUUUGUGUGCAAGGAUUGUGAGCGAAGCUUUAGCCAAAAGUCAACUCUUGUCUACCACCAGAGAACACACUCAGGGGAGAAACCUUUUGUUUGUAGUGAAUGUGGGCAAGGAUUUAUUCAGAAGUCAACCCUUGUGAAGCAUCAGAUCACACACUCAGAGGAGAAGCCUUUUGUGUGCAAGGACUGUGGACGAGGCUUUAUCCAAAAGUCAACCUUCACUUUACACCAGAGGACACACUCAGAGGAGAAGCCUUAUGGAUGUCGGGAGUGUGGGCGAAGGUUUCGGGAUAAGUCCUCCUAUAACAAGCACCUGAGGGCACACUUGGGUGAGAAACGUUUUUUCUGCAGGGAUUGUGGGCGAGGCUUUACCUUGAAGCCAAAUCUCACCAUACAUCAGAGGACACACUCAGGAGAGAAGCCCUUCAUGUGCAAGCAGUGUGAGAAAAGUUUUAGUUUGAAGGCAAAUCUUCUUAGACAUCAGUGGACACACUCAGGGGAAAGGCCAUUUAAUUGCAAGGAUUGCGGGCGAGGCUUCAUCCUAAAGUCAACUCUCCUCUUCCACCAGAAGACACACUCAGGGGAGAAGCCUUUCAUUUGUAGUGAAUGUGGGCAAGGAUUUAUCUGGAAGUCAAACCUUGUGAAACACCAGCUUGCACAUUCUGGCAAGCAGCCUUUUGUAUGCAAGGAGUGUGGGCGAGGCUUCAACUGGAAGGGAAAUCUCCUCACACACCAGAGGACACACUCAGGGGAGAAGCCCUUCGUGUGUAAUGUGUGUGGGCAAGGCUUCAGCUGGAAGAGAAGUCUCACCAGACACCACUGGCGGAUACACUCAAAGGAGAAGCCUUUUGUGUGCCAGGAGUGUAAGCGAGGAUAUACCAGUAAGUCAGACCUCACUGUGCAUGAAAGAAUACACACAGGAGAGAGGCCUUAUGAAUGCCAAGAGUGUGGACGAAAAUUUAGCAAUAAGUCAUACUACAGUAAGCACUUAAAGAGACACUUACGUGAGAAGCGUUUUUGUACAGGGAGUGUGGGUGAGGCUUCGUCUUGAAGUCAUAUCUCACCAGCCAUCAGAGGACACACUCAGGAGAGUAACUUUUGCUUUGUUACAAGCUUUAGUUGAGGCUGCAUAACUUGUUCAUGAAGAUAUAACAAAGGCAGACAGAAUCCAGAGGGGUACAGAGAACCUGAAUUCAACCCAUGUGUCCCCAAGAGAUUCAGAGAAAAGAGGUCAACGUUUAGGGAACAGAGAUGCCAGUUGAGGGGAGGGCAUUACCUGGGCUAUUGGGGAAAUGUGGUCUCUUUCUUACUGAGCACAUAUUCUUGUUGUAUUUGUGCCAGGCUGUGCUUUCUAAGGACUGCUCUUAGCCAGUGACUGCAGAGCAGGGAUACCAAGGCAGGCCUGUUACUGACACUCUCCCCAACCUCCCUGGACUGCAAACAGUCUAGAACACCUCCACCAAACCUCCUCUUGCACUUUCCUUCCCUCUGGCUGCCCUCCCAGCCUUCCUUGGUUUGGAUGUUUUGUCCCCUCCUUAAUUUAUGUUGAAACUCUACAUAAACUGUUUAUUGUUGAAACAGUGUAACAGUAUUAGGAGGUGGGACCGUUGGAAGUGAUUAAGUCAAGUCACGAAGAUAGACAGAGCUUUGCGAAUGGGAUCAGGUGCCCUUAUGAAAAGGCUUGAUAGAGGGAGUUUGUCCUGUGGCCCUUCUAUUUUCUGCUCUGUGAGGACACAAUGCUCCUCUCUUCCAAAAGACGCAGCAUGAAGGCAUCAUCUUGGAAACAGACAUGAGCCCUCAACAGACAACUGAACCUACUGAUGUUUUGAUGUUGAACUUCCCAGCCUCCAGAACUCUGGGAAAAUAAAGUCCUCUUUAUACA